AAAAGUAAAGAAGAAGAAGCUAUACUAGUUAGCUUGAGCUUGCUCAGCUAAGUUCGAUAGACAUGUUGUGACCGCUGUGAAACAUGUAGAGAAGAGCAGCAACGAUGCCCUCCUUCGUGUAGGCUGGUUAAGAUGUUAAUAACAUUGUGCUACGUCUACAUGUGGGUGCGCUUCCAUAAAUGCUACUCUGUGCUGAUCCGGAACAGUCUGUCCAGACUGAACAGUAGCAGCCGCAGAAGUCUUAGUUUCAGCCGCCUCUGCUCGGUUUCAACGCCAGCUACAACACUGCAGACUGGACACCACAGGAGCAGGCAGCAGCACAGACCGCUGCCACCCGAGGACACCGUCUUCCUCCAGCUGGGAGACAAGUCCGUCCAUGUCACGGAACCUCAGGCAUGUGAUGACCUCAGCAAAUGGACUGUGUUAUUGGGGUCCUCUGUGGUUUGUGGUCCAGGAAUAGAGAAUAUUUCAUUCAUCAUAGAAGCUACAGGACACAGAGUGGGCUACCCAUCUUCUCACACAUCAAACAAGAAAGCGCUGAAGUGGUCUGACUGCUGUCUUCCUCUGGCAUGUAGUCCUGGGCAGCCAUUCAGGGCAGUGGCUCAGGCCAGUGUGGAUAACUUCAGUCGGCUGGGUGUGGCUUUUAUAGAGGAUCGCCUUCAGCUGGACAAUGGACUUAUGCCUUCAAAGAUAAUCCCUGUCCUCCUCCAAGAAUCCAUUCUCUGUGAGCUGUUGGAGAAGCAGCGUCCACCGAGCCCAACAAUUGUGACAUCAGUACAGCUUUGCAGCCCCAUGGCUGAAAAGUCUUUGCCUUGUCGCCUGUCAGCCGACCAUCAGCUCCUUCUGUCCAAUAAAGGCAGCCUUUUUCUCAUCCCAGAGGCAAAGCAGAGGUUAGAAGAGCGACGAGGGUCAGAGCCACUCUGUCGGACCCAGGAUCUGGCAUCUGUUGGUGACUCAGAAGACCAUUCCUUGGGGAAUCAUCAUUAUAUGGAGGGCCAUGGACAUAACCUCCAUCUGUCUAACUGCCAUGAAUGUUUGGAGCUCGAGAAAAGCACCAUCCUUUCUGUCAAAUAUGCUUCAGCUGAGAACAUUACAGACCUUCCUGAUGAUAACUCAGUAGGGCUGGACAGUGGGGAUGAGAUUUUGGAUGAACUUCAGCAUGAUGCCAAUGUUUUUUUUGAUCAAAGUGAUGGAUUUCAAUGUAAUCGCAAACCGCCAAAUAUUCUGGUGUACACGGGUGGUUGCCAGGAGCGUUUUCACGCAGUUCAUCAGGUUUUAUCAGAGUGUAUAAACAUGGAAAACUACAUAAUAUACCACCUUCUACCACAGCAGGUUCUGAGUGAUCCUUGGCUGGACAACACCAAGCUCUUGGUACUGGCAGAGGGGCAAGCCCUGACCCCCCAACUUCAGACCUGCUUUCUCAACUUCCUUGGCCAGGGUGGCAGGGUUCUGGGGAUAGCCUCCACCUUGUGCCCAGCAGGCCUCUCAAUGGAAGUCAGGGAGAGACAACGUGGGCAGAUCUGUAGGCUCAGCUUUACUAGGGAAGACAGUACAGAGCUAGAUUUAAGCGUGUUGGCAAGUGGGAAGGUCUAUGUCAGAGAUAUUCAAGGAGGAGGAGAGGUUGAGCUCUGGGGGGAGUUGAAAGGGGACGUUCCUCAUCAGAGGGAUAUGGUUAUCGUCAAGGUAACCCAUGGAGAGGAUGGCGGAGAAGCUGUUGUCUGUCAGGUCCACCUGGAAAUUGCUCCUGACUCCCAGAAUUUGUCAUUAGAAGGUUUUGAUGAAUUAAAGGUCAGCAAUGCACUGCGUUAUGAAGUCUUGACAGAGAUCCUUACCUCCCUUGGCCUGAGUUGUGAACUAAACCAGAGUCCAGACCCAAGUCCUGUCCACCUGCUGGCCACCUCUCAGGAGACCAAGACCGCCUUCCUGAAGUGGCUGCAGACACGUGCAGAUGAAAAUGGCCUCCUCAUGUUGUCCAAGACCUGCCUCAGGGUGGUGUCCUAUUGUGAGCUCCAGAAUGGUCCUUUGCUGCCUGAAAGCUGUCUAGCCCUAGUCACUGACUCUGAAGAGUCCCAAAGGUGGGAGCUGUUCAAUAUGGAGACCUACAGCAGAAACCUGAAGACCAGAGUACUGGGGCGCACUUUGCUGUAUGCUGACGUUGUUACAUCUACCAUGGACCUGUUGGAAGGACUUACUCUGCACUUACCAAAGGAUGUGGGUUUAAUAGCUAUAGCUGCUCGACAAAGCAAGGGCAGAGGUCAGUGCUCCAGCACACACCUGCUCACACAGCAUUCAAAUAUACCUCAAAUGAGUAAACAAUUUUCAGUUGUAGUAAUUUUUGUCUUUUUUUUUUAUUCAUCUUAUUUGUCAGAGGUUAGUUGGGGGUGUUUGGUACCAUGUAGGGUCCCCUUGUAUGUUUUCUGUGAUCCUGUGUUUGCUGCUUCUGCAGGUCGGGGUAGGAAUGCCUGGCUCAGUCCCUUGGGUUGUUCCAUGUUUACUCUGAGUGUCGAGGUGGACCUGAGCUCCAGGCUCGGACAGAGGAUACCCUUCCUGCAACAUCUGGCUGCUCUCGCUGUGGUUGAGGCUGUUCGGACACUUCCUGGAUACCAGGACAUAGACCUGAGGGUAAAGUGGCCCAAUGACAUCUACUACAGUAAGCUGAUGAAGCUCGGGGGAGUGCUGGUGACUUCCACUGUAAUAGGAUCGACCUUUCAUCUGCUCAUAGGUUGUGGGUUCAAUGUGACUAACAGCAACCCAACAUUGUGCAUCAAUGACCUAAUCCGGCAGUACAACAUACAACACAACUGCAACCUGCAGCCACUAAGCUGUGCCCAGCUCAUUGCUCGGACAGUUAGUUGUCUGGAGGCCCUCAUCAGCAGCUUCCAACAAGGAGGCCCUGAAUCCAUCCUGCCCACCUACUACAAGAGAUGGCUUCACAGUGGGACUCGUGUGCGUCUAUGGAGUGAGGAUGGACCAGAGGCUGAAGUGGUGGGACUGGACCCCAAUGGCUUCCUCCAAGUACACAGUAAGGAGCAGGGUUUGGUUUCGGUUGAGCCUGACGGAAACUCCUUUGACAUGAUGAAGAACCUGGUGGUCAUCAAGCAACAUUAGCACCAAAUUCAACAAAAUAUGUACCGUAAUCUCUUCCAGUACAUUGAACAAAUGACAGAAUCAUUCAAUAUGACAGAGAACUAUAUGGCACUAUAUAAAUGUAUACUUGUUUUAUAAUUGAUAAUGCAUCAUUAAUUCCCCUUUCAGACUGACCCUGUGACACUGGUUAAACCCAUAUCAAGGCUCUUAGGUAUAGACCAACCUGUGUCAGGAGGGACGGCAGUCAUAGUGUCCCUGGCUUUGAUGACCUGGUGUUACUACCAGGAAUGUAAAUACAUUUAAUGAUGCCACUUUUAAAUGCCAUUUAACCAUUUACCUUUUACCUGGUAAUUAUUUGAUGCAAUUCUCAGGGUUAUCAGUAAAGUUUAUGUACUACACAACACACUGGAGUAUCAGCCAACAGUGAGAAGCAGGGUGACAACUGUCUCAUGAAUGGGUCCAAUGUGGUUCAAAUGUGCAUUCAUUAGACCUGCAGACAGUCAAUGCACAGUUGCUGUGAAAGUGGUAUAAAUAUCUUCCUCAUUUGAAGUGGGAUCAUUUGCUAGCUUAUCCUUAUGUUACCCUGACACAUCCCUUAAUAAAAGCUUCAACAUCAGUUUGAUUAUGAGCUACAGGUUUCGGACCCCAAAUGCAAACAAUUAUUUAACAACUUGCACUUUCUGGAAACAAUAAAUGUUGUACCUUUGUUCUAAACAUCUAAUCUAAUUUCAUUGUAACAUGAGAGCAAUGAAGUGAUCAUUGAAGCAUUUGCACUUAAUUUUAGCAAAAUAAAGAU